AUGAAUAGUGAAUGUCGUCUCUAUUAUGACUUUAUGCACUUAUUUCCAUUCGGCAAUCUUCCAUUAUCAAAAUCAAUGAUAGUUCAAGCACUUCGAGGCGCUGGAAAAACUCAAAUCAGACAAUGCAUUAUUGCAAAACUUCCACGAAAUAAUCAAAUCCUUAUUAGGAUAUAUGGUGUGGAUAUUAAUACUUAUUUAGAUAAUUUUGUUGAAAAUGUUGACAUUUCUUCGGAUCAUCCCUAUGAUAAAAUUCGCAAAUAUUGGACUAAGGAAUAUUUCUUACAGGUCAUUUUGACCGAAAUCGCUACACGUUUCGUCAAUGAGGAGACUUUGACAAUUUUAGAAGAGAAGAAAUCUUUAACAACAUUACAAAUUCGCAAGGAAGUAGCAAUUUUAUUAAGUUAUUAUUAUACGAAAGACUCUGGUAUUUUAUGCAAAAUCGUCAACAAAUUACUUCAUGAAAUAACAAACUGUGGCUUCACAUGUCGGCAACUUAAUUGUAAUGAUUUUCAAUUUACACAACGUGAUCAAGAAUUAUUCAUUUCAUUAACACAAAAACAUCGUAAAAUUAAAGUUAAACUUCAUAAUCAAGCUGUUGAUGGUUGUUUAAGACUACUAGUAGCAAUGCAUAAGAGAACCGAAUAUUCACCGUUAGUUAUUUUGGAACGUUCUUAUCGUGAACAACUUACUUUAUUAAUUAACUUCUUAAGCGCAUUGGAUUUUACUACAACAGUUAUAGUAGAUUCAUUAGAUGAAAGUAAAUUUUUUUUUAAUCAGGCUGAUUCAAGUUUAAGUACUUUACAAACUUUUGUUGAUUCUAUAACAAAUGAUGAAAUCUUAAACUUAGCAUUAGGUAAUUGGGGUGAAGGUAAUGGACAAAAGAAUACGUUUCGAUUCUACGUAUUUAUUCCUAAAAAGUCAAAUUUUUCACUGAAUAUUUCAUGGAGUCGUCCCGAUAAAAUACCAAUUAUUAACGUAAAAUGGGAUGAAUUACAAUUGAUUAACUAUGCUGAUUAUAUAUUUGAUUAUUUACGAACGCAAGCAAAAGGUCAAUGUAAAUCUUUGCCUGAUGUAUGCUCUUUACUAGGUGGAAAAGAUUUAUGUAUUACAACAAUGAAAGAAUUACGACAUCCUCGUGAUUUUCACAUAUUUUUCGAUGUUUUAAGUCAACAAAUGAAUCGGGUUUGUACGCAACGUGAUUCACCAUUCAAUGCAACAUCAGACGAUCUGAAAAUUGCAUUGAAAGAAACAGCAUCAAGAGUUCUUAGAGAAUAA